GGGCCCCGAGCCCGAGCUGGCGAGCCGAGCGGGGAACCUGUGCGCGGCGCCGCGGAGGCGCAGCAUGUGAAGCCAAGACGGCAGCCAGCGCGGGGCGAUCCUCCCAGCCGGCCGGGAUGGCCACGACGGCCGAGCUCUUCGAGGAGCCUUUUGUGGCAGAUGAGUACAUUGAACGUCUUGUGUGGAGAACCCCAGGAGGAGGCUCUAGAGGUGGACCUGAAGCUUUUGAUCCCAAAAGAUUAUUAGAAGAAUUUAUAAAUCACAUUCAAGAACUCCAGAUAAUGGAUGAAAGGAUUCAGAGGAAAGUAGAGAAAUUAGAACAACAAUGUCAGAAAGAAGCCAAGGAAUUUGCCAGGAAGGUGCAAGAGCUCCAGAAAAGCAAUCAGGUUGCCUUUCAGCAUUUCCAAGAACUCGAUGAGCACAUUAGCUAUGUGGCAACCAAAGUCUGUCACCUUGGAGACCAGCUGGAGGGGGUAAACACACCCAGACAGCGGGCAGUGGAGGCUCAGAAGUUGAUGAAAUAUUUUAAUGAGUUUCUAGAUGGAGAAUUGAAAUCGGAUGUUUUUACAAAUUCUGAAAAGAUAAAGGAGGCAGCAGACAUCAUCCAGAAGUUGCACCUAAUUGCCCAGGAGUUACCUUUUGAUAGAUUUUCAGAAGUAAAAUCCAAAAUUGCAAGUAAAUAUCAUGAUUUAGAAUGCCAGCUGAUUCAGGAGUUUACCAGUGCUCAAAGAAGAGGUGAAAUCUCCAGAAUGAGAGAAGUAGCAGCAGUUUUACUUCAUUUUAAGGGUUAUUCCCAUUGUGUUGAUGUUUAUAUAAAGCAGUGCCAGGAGGGUGCUUACAUGAGAAAUGAUAUAUUUGAAGAUGCAGCAAUACUCUGUCAACGUGUGAACAAACAAGUUGGAGAUAUCUUUAGUAAUCCAGAAACAGUACUUGCUAAACUUAUUCAAAACGUAUUUGAAAUCAAAUUACAGGGUUUUGUGAAAGACCAGUUAGAAGAAUGUAGGAAAUCUGAUGCAGAGCAGUAUCUCAAAAACCUCUAUGAUCUAUAUACAAGAACCACCAAUCUUUCCAGCAAGUUGAUGGAGUUUAAUUUGGGUACUGAUAAACAGACUUUCUUGUCCAAGCUUAUCAAAUCCAUUUUCAUUUCCUAUUUGGAGAACUAUAUUGAAGUGGAGACUGGAUAUCUGAAAAGCAGAAGUGCUAUGAUCCUACAGCGUUAUUAUGAUUCAAAAAAUCAUCAAAAGAGAUCCAUUGGCACAGGAGGUAUUCAGGAUUUGAAAGAGAGAAUUAGACAACGUACCAACUUACCACUGGGGCCAAGUAUUGAUACCCAUGGGGAAACUUUCCUAUCCCAAGAAGUGGUGGUUAAUCUUUUACAAGAAACCAAACAAGCCUUUGAAAGAUGUCAUAGGCUCUCUGAUCCCUCUGAUUUACCAAGGAAUGCCUUUAGAAUUUUUACCAUUCUUGUGGAAUUUUUAUGUAUUGAGCAUAUUGAUUAUGCUUUGGAAACAGGACUCGCCGGAAUUCCUUCUUCAGAUUCUAGGAAUGCAAAUCUGUAUUUUUUGGAUGUUGUGCAACAAGCCAAUACUAUUUUUCAUCUUUUUGACAAGCAGUUUAAUGAUCACCUUAUGCCACUAAUAAGCUCUUCUCCUAAGUUAUCUGAAUGCCUUCAGAAGAAAAAAGAAAUAAUUGAACAAAUGGAGAUGAAAUUGGAUACUGGUAUUGAUAGGACAUUAAAUUGUAUGAUUGGACAGAUGAAGCAUAUCUUGGCUGCAGAACAAAAGAAAACAGAUUUUAAGCCAGAGGAUGAAAACAAUGUUUUGAUUCAGUAUACUAAUGCCUGUGUAAAAGUCUGUGCUUAUGUAAGAAAACAAGUAGAAAAGAUAAAAAAUUCCAUGGAUGGAAAGAAUGUGGACACAGUUUUGAUGGAACUUGGAGUACGUUUUCAUCGACUUAUUUAUGAACAUCUUCAACAAUAUUCCUACAGUUGUAUGGGUGGCAUGUUAGCAAUUUGUGAUGUAGCUGAAUAUAGAAAGUGUGCCAAAGACUUCAAGAUUCCAAUGGUAUUACAUCUUUUUGAUACUCUGCAUGCACUUUGCAAUCUUCUGGUAGUUGCCCCAGAUAAUUUAAAGCAAGUCUGCUCAGGAGAACAGCUUGCUAACCUGGACAAGAACAUACUUCACUCCUUUGUACAACUUCGUGCUGACUAUAGAUCUGCCCGCCUAGCUCGACACUUCAGCUGAAGUUGAGUUGACCAAGGGAAUGUGUUGUACUUCGGCAGACCUCGGUUGACAGAAAGCACAGGCGAUUGCUUAUGACACAGCCAACAUUUUAUGGAAAAAUGACUGUUUGGAAGUAAACAUCAGCCAUACUUACUGUUGAGGUUUUAUUUGAAAUUUGGAUACCACUAGAUAUAUUUUGCUUUUUUUCUCCUAAGUUGAAUUUUUAAUACCAUUUUUGAAUUUAUAAAUUUCAAAAUCUGCAAAAGUUCAUGUCACUGUUUUUGUCCUGGAAAGUGGUAUCAGAAGGCAAGUGAAAUGUUACCAGUGUUCCAGUUAUUGUUCUUUGACAUGUUCCAUUGGGAAAUUUUACCAUCCCAUUUUUGCUUUGGUAACAGGUGAAAUACAGCAAAACUGCAUUAAUUAUUCAUAAGUUUUUAAUGACCAACACUGGUAAUUGUUUAACAGAUUAUUCUAGAUUUUUCAGAAGAAUUUUUUGCCUUUGUCAAAAGGUUAACAUUUAGAUAAUAAUUUAUGUAGUUGGAUUUUUUCUGAUGUGCAACAAUAAUAUAUUCCCAGAAAAAUGUUAUAAACUAAAGUGAUGAAAUGUUUUAUGUAGACAUUAGGAGUGGAUCAGAAUUCAUCUCCUUUCUGAGUAAAACUUAAAAGUUUACUAUUUCUUAUUUGGUAAAUAGAUUUUAAGCCAAUUCUAGCAAGGAGUUAAUAAAAUUACCUUAUUUUACAUUUCCACUUAAGACUUUAACUAAAAGUCCAUAUUUAUUCAUUAUUUUAAUAUUAUAAGGGAGGUAAAAAAAACUGAGGUAUAGCAUAAACAGUGCAUUUGAGAAGUAUUGACAAUAUUUCACAACAAUGUAGUUCUAUUAAGAUUUCAAUUUUACUGCUAACCUUGAAUAAGAUGGGAUGUCUAAACAUGCAGUAGUCUUCUGUUUUAAGAAUUGGCAUUUGGUAGGUAAGAUUAUAUACUCUAAAUGUGGAGACAGCUUUUUCAUAUUUACAGGUUCUGUCAUUGUCCUUUUUCAAGGCAUUUCUGAAGUUGUUCCUAGUUGGAUAUAGUUAAUUGAAUUGGCUUCCUAUGGUGACAUAAUAAAUCGCUUAUGAAAUCUUAAACAUCAGUUGAAAAUUUAGAAAGGCCAUUCUAUCAACCCUAUAAACUUCUGCAAAAAUGCAUUUUAAAUUAUAUGUAGUUUUUCAGUUUCCUUUGUGUUGUUCAUAGUCCUAGGCCUAGGAACAGAUAAACUUUAAUACUUAAUUCAUUCUUGGCAUUUUUUCUUUAAUGGAGGCUUUUUUGGCCUAAUUUUGGAAAACUUUUUCUUUUGAGAGCCUGAUUCUGAAUGGUCAUCUUCUACCGAACCUUCCAUGUCCAGAGCUAACUAACUGCUGUUCAAGUUACCAUCGACUUCAUUUUCUAUUUAGCCCAGUGUUAUCAAAGUCAGCAUAGAAAAUGAAGUAUGCCAACUUUUGUCAAAACAUGUUAGGGCAUUGUGGCAGCAUUAGGAAGCUGUCUGGAUUUGUAUUCCUCAGCCAAGGGAGAGCCAGAACACGUUUUGGAUACUGGAGAAAAUCAUAUGCCUGUACUGUUGCCAUUUUAGAAAGCUCUGAUGUGAAUUCAAAUUAUACCUCUGUUACUUAAAGCCAACAGUUUUAAGGCAGUAGUUUUAGAGGCCAUUUGAACUCUUUGUACAGACAAUUUGUAAAAAAAAAAAAAAAACAACAGAAACAAAGACAAAAAAAAACCUCAAAUAAAAUACAAGAGAACAUUUUAAGACUUCCGAAUCAGAGAUAUGUUUCAAAUUAUUUUGUUUGGACUAAUUUUUUAAAUGUAAAGCAUAUACUUGUUGCUAGAUAUUUUGUUAAUUAUUGUUUCCAUGCUUGAGUUCUGUGCAAUAUUUUCCAUUACGUCCUUUGACCAGGAUAGUGACAAAACUCGUAAGUGAAUAUUUAACUUAGAAGUGUUAACAUUAAUGCUCAAUAAAUAAAUUCCCUGCAGUUGUUUUUUUUUAUUUCACUACAUUUUUACAUUUUAAGGACAUCCAUACUGAAUUUUAUAAAUGAUUUUUUAUUUAAAAUUUUAAGAUAUUUCUUAUUUUUCAUAGAUUUUCUCACUUUCCUUUUUAGUAGAAAAAUGCUGCUCUAUACUUGUAUAACCAAGACUAGAAAUUCAACCUGAACAGAUGGUCUUUCUGUAAGAAAAAAAAAGUGUGGAUGAACAAUAUGCAUUUUUGUGUUGUCAUUUUUAAAGUGCUGUCAUUUUUAUAGCCAUCACAAAACUUUCUCCAAAAUUUAUGGCUCAAAAGAGAUGGUCAAUAUAUCUUUUAUAUGCACAUAGUAAAAUUUUAGGUAGAGAUAGUGGAGAAUGGUAGUUUUAACCAACAUUCAAAUAAGGGGAAUCUUUGCAGUAUUCUAAAUAUUUAGGUAAUGUAUGUUGAAGAUAUGCUCGGAAAUACCGCAGAUUGUUUUUCUAAAACUCAGGUUAUAUGAAAUACGGAAUCUGGUUUAAGAAGGAAGUCUGGCUUCCAUGAAUUAUGAUAUUGAAAAUGAUAGUCAGCCAGAGUAGUUAAAGAGUCCUAAUGAAAAGUUGUUCAAGAACAGCUGGUUCUUUAGAUGACCAUCUGAUCACCAUCAGAUAAUUCUUGGUCUCAUUUUGAAGAUACCAUGGUUGCAAGUCUUUAGGCUCUUCCUUGUUUUAAGAAGAGCUUCCAAAGUAAGUUAGUUUAAAGUUGGUUAAGUUAAAAUUAAUUUAAAGAGGAUUGAUUCAUGUUCUAUUUUACAUAAUUUUCUUUCCCUUUUCAAAAUAUUUCACUUUCGAAGACUGGCCUUCUGAUUCACAGUGAAGUAACCGAGUUCUCAGCCAGUAGAUUAGUACCAAAUGGAAAGUUUACUGCUUCCCUGAGGUUCACUGCCAUGUGGUUAAAUUUGUAUAAGAAUCCAGAUGAAGAGGUGUUGGUUCUUGAAAUGUCACGAAACCCCGUGAGGUGGCCAUGUUUAUAUGCUAGUGGCUGAGGUUCACUCAGUGCGUAAUUUGUGGGUCACUAUACAAGCUCACCUCAGGGAGAUUACCACUAUUUUAAGGCAGAAAUUUCCUGCAUAUUAUCCAAAAACUGCCCACUGAUUCUCUCAGAAGUAGGAGAUGUUUUCCAGAAGCAUACUGAAUUCUCCUGAUUGCUGAUAGGGAAUUUGACACACCAAACAUUUUGUGCUUUCCUCCAGUUUGUGUACUACAUCUCUCUGCUCAAGAUCUGUUCUGUAAUGCAUUAUGAACUUUGGGAGAAAACACCAGUUCAUAUUGUUAGACUAAAUAAUUCUAUCUGAAGUAAAAACAGUCAUCAAUUUAAACAUUUUAUUGCAUAAUAAAGAUAAUGAUAGCUGUACUUAUUGACUUAAAUCCCAUACACUAUAGUAAGUUCUUUGCGUGUAUUAUCUUACUUGAUUCUAAGCCAACACUAGGAUUUGGAAAAUAUUAUUUCCGUUUGACACAUGGAAAACAUAAGGCACAAAAAGGUAAAUAGACCUGUCAUGGUCUACAGCUAGUAACGUGCUCAGUUUGAAACCUGUGUCUUCUAUGCUCUAAACAUUGUUCUGCUAAUGUAACAUGCAAGUAGGUCUUGAGUUUGAUGGGCUCAUUUGUUUUGCUUAAUCUAACUUUCUUUUCAUCCAGUGUUUGGUUCUCAUUGUAGUGUUUAGAUAAUGCAACUGGUAUACAGGGUCAAUAUCUAAUUUACUCAUCUUUUUUUUUUUAAUGUGUUCAGUGGUUUUAAAUUUGGUUUUUUAAAUUGGGUGAAUGGCUGUGAAAUUUCAGUUGAGUAUUGUUUGUAUCUAGUAGAAUUCUUUUCAUUACAAAGUUCUCAGUAUUAUUUUAUAAAAUCAUAUUACUACUUCUGCUUGCUAAUUUUCACAAUAGCCAGAGUCCGGGUGUUUAGUACCAUAUUUUAUAAUAUGGAAAUGAGGAAAUAAGUAUUUGUGUGUUUAAAAACAGAUGAUUUUAAAUGUCACUAGCUUACCAAUUCUGUAAACUGCUUAGUGAAUUGAUAUUUUUAAGUGACUAGUGCUAGAGUGAAAAUGAAGGGCAAAAUAUAUUUAGUGUAUUAGCAGUAGGUAUUUCCAUGUAAUCAAAAUUGCAUGUUAUGUCAGUUACCUUUUAUUUCAACUGCUGAUCAAUCAUUCCUCUUUCCAAACUUAGAGGGGAAACAACUCUUCAAGUGUAUCUGGGAAAGAAAACUGAAACAUUAGAGAAUAAGAAUUUUAAUGGGUGACCUGGAACAGCAAGAUUGAUAACCCUAGGCUUGACAAAAUUCAUAUUUUUAUAGGCCCUGUCUUUUAUCAAUAUUAUUUGGUAGGUACCAUUGAACUUCAGUUGUUGGGGUUAAAUAUCUACUUGGGGGGGUGGUAAGGGAGGAAGACAAGUAAUUAAACACACUUGCUCAUUUUCUAAGUGGUUUAGAAGGUUGCAGUCUGCCUCACCUACAAAGUCAAUUUAAAUAGGAAAAUAUCACAUCAUACUCCAAAUUGCAAAUAACCUCAGAGGAAAGUCAUUUAUUCAGAAGGCAUAGAUUUGCCCUAGGCAGCAGUGAUGCAUUACAAAUAUAUAAUUAUUUGCACUAAUAUUUGAGCAGGUGGAAUGGAUUAGAACACAGUCAACAUUAUGCUGCUGAUAACAUGUAUUUUUCUAUAUUAAUAUGUACUGUGCAACAUGUAUUACAAUUGUCAAUAAUUCAUUUUAGCCAAGAUACUAAUAUUUAUAUUACUGUGUUUAAGAGACAGUAUCCAACUGAGCUACUUUUAAUUUAAAAGUGUGAAACUGGAAUUAAGUUUACUUUCAAAAACCACUUAAAUUAUAAUCAGGGAAAGGUCACUAAAACAUGAAAUUAUCAGUGCCUCGUGACUUAACAGGAAAAAAUAUGGAAGGUUAAGAAUGGGAGUAGAAAUCGAGUGAGGAAGUUAAGUUUCAUUUAUAGCUCAGUUAAGUGAUUCUCUUUGUUUUCAUCAUUUGCAAUGUUAAAAAGGCAAAAACGUUUUGUCCCUUCCAGUGUGUCUUUUUACUAAUAAACUAAGUGAAGACUGGAUCGAAACAAAUCAAAGGAAUUAAUCUCCACUGGUGGAUUUUCAAAUUCUGAGAGGUGGGAAGCCUUCCUUAUACCCUGUAAUCUUAAAUAGGCAGGUGCCUUUGAAUGAGGCUAUUGCUCUUUGCCUGCCUAUCAUUUGAAUCUUUAUACUCUGAGUAACUUUGAUUCCUUUGAACUCUGGCCAUGACUUUUGUUAACGGCUGUUUUAUCAAACCUGCACCUUUUUUGCUGUAUAGAGUAUUAUUCAAAUAGAAUUUGGACAAUACCGGCCUAAUAAAACUGUGAAACUACCUCUAA